GUUCUGCUGAGUUUUAAGAAAAGUUGUGAUUUGUUUGAACCUCUCGAGUAAUUGCUGUUACUCCUGACUACCGUGCAGAGAAUUAAAGAGUUAACCUCACCCUCACCCACCGAGUGGGACGGGACCUCUGAUAGGGAUUUCCUCCUCCCUCCCAGUUCCUGACUUUCACUUUUGCUCUCUCACACCUAUUUCCCAGAACAGGAGGGGAGGUGGUUGUGGCUAAGGGCACAGGAUAAAAGGCAGGGCAGGACUCAGGCUGCAGCAAAGCUGUUUCAGCCCAGGGCAGGUGACGAAGACAACGGCUGUGUUUGCUGUCAGCGAUGGCAUCCGACAUCCGCAUGCCGGAGCCUGUCUGCCUGAUUGAGAACAGCCAGACGAAGGGGCUGGCGGUCCAUCAGGAAGCCCUGCAGGUGCUGUCAGAGAUCACCCAGCCGGUGGUGGUGGUGGCCAUCACAGGGCUGUACCGCACGGGCAAGUCCUACCUCAUGAACAGGCUGGCUGGUCAGAGGAAAGGUUUCUCCCUGGGCUCCGGCGUGCAGUCCCACACCAAAGGUAUCUGGAUGUGGUGUGUACCUCACCCCUGCCAACCUGAACACACCCUGGUGCUGCUGGACACCGAAGGACUGGGUGAUGUGGAGAAGGGCGACAGCAAGAACGACACCUGGAUCUUUGUGCUGGCCGUCCUGCUCUCCAGCACCCUGAUCUACAACAGCAAAGGCACCAUUGACCAGCAAGCCAUGGACCAGCUCCACUAUGCGAUGAAGCUGGCUGGGCAUGUCAAGUUGAAAGCAGCACCCAAGGCGAGUGAAGAUGAACCGGAGGAUUCCGAAAAAAUUGUCCUCUUCCUCCCGACUUUCAUCUGGGCUGUCCGGGAUUUCACCCUGCAGCUGGAGCUGGAUGGGGAGGAAAUCUCUGAGGACGAAUACUUGGAGAACGCACUGAAGUUAAAGGCUGGUAGCAGCCCGGAGACCCAACGCUACAACCAGCCCCGGGAAUGCAUCCGCCAGUUCUUUCCGCGUCGCAAGUGCUUUGUUUUUGACCAACCGGCCAGAAAGAGGGACCUGGUCCGCUUGGAGGAGCUUGAGGAUGAUGAGAUCGAUCCUGAAUUCCAGCAGCAGGUGGAGAAAUUCUGCAGCCACGUCUGGGAAACGUCUGCACUUAAGACCAUCCCUGGUGGCCACGUCAUAACAGGGAACUUGCUGGGGAAACUGGCAGCGACCUACGUGGAGACCAUCCGGAGCGGGGCAGUGCCAUGCCUGGAGAGCGCAGUGCUCGCCCUGGCAAAGAUUGAGAACGCAGCGGCGGUGAAAGAGGCUGUGGCGUUGUACCAGCGUCUGAUGGCGCAGCGGGCGAAGCUGCCGACGGAGACUGCCGAGGAGCUGCUGGAGCUGCACGGCCAGUGUGAGCGGGAGACACUGGACCUGUUCACGGCACGGGCAUUAGAGGAUGGCGUCUCCGCCUUCCGGGAAGAUCUCAUGCGCCAGGUAGAGGCGAUCAAGGUGAAGUUCUGCGAGGACAACGAGCAGGCAUCCCGUGACAAGUGCCAGGCUGCCCUCAAGGACCUCUUCAAGGACAUGGAGGAACGAAUCUGUGGUGGUGUCUACUUUGCGUCGGGGGGUUACCAGCUGUUCAAAGACGACCAGCAGGCAAGGGUGGAGAAGUAUCAGCAGCUGCCUGGCAAGGGGGUGAAGGCUGAUGCUGUCCUGCAGGAGUUCCUCCGAAGCAGAGAGCUUCUGGCCAACAUCAUCCUCAACAUAGACCGAGCUGAGCAGGAGAGCAGUGGCAGGAGGAAGAAAGAGAUUCUUCUAUCUAUAGUGUUAAGCUUGACAUUCUCUAGAGUUCCCUUUGUCAGAAUAUUGAGAUUUUUUGCAUAACCCCUGUAGUAACAAAGUGAGAGAGGUGCGUAUUGCCUCCACGCACAAUUCUGUUAAAAUUCAGGAGCCUUUCCUGCAAGAUGCUUGCCUUAGAGUGUGGAAGUGACCUCCACGUUCACCUGUACCGCGCUACCUAGUGCUUUCGCGCAUGUCUCCUCCAGGAGAAGAUGUUCUCCUCCUCCCUCGCAGAGCACCUGGUCCCUCACUGCAUCUGAAGGCACGGGGAACAUCGAAAGCCAGGGUGGGCUGGGGCACAGAAAGGCCAUAAUGCCAGCAGGCAGGUCUGGCAGCAUUUUGCCAUGCUCAGAACACGUCAGUGGGGGAUGUAACCCACCUCUUCUGGAGACCUCCUCACCAGGGCCAUGGGAAACAUGCCCGAGAGAGCUUUGAGCCCGCUAGCUGAUAUCCUAGGGUCACCUUUACUGCAGCAGCAUGAAGAAGCACGGAGGUUGUGAACAAACCAGGAAUCCACAUAGUGAGCACUACCUGCUUUGCUUGGUCUCGGUCCUGGGCAGAGUGACCCAGCAGGAGCGAGCCCGUGACCCAGGGAGCAGUGGGUGAAAGCCAUCCUCUGCUAUGUAGCUAUUCCCACCCUGCUCCUUAGCAAGACUCUUCUCACUUUGAAGCUGUCGGGAAGUUCUCCCCACAGGGAUGUUCCGCUCUGCGCUCGCUCACCCCAUCUCCAUGCUGCUCCCCCUUCCCUUUUUUCAGAGCAAGAGACGCCCAAGUGCCCCUUCCCAAGGGUGUCUGGGGUGACAGAGCAGGAGAUGGCUGUAGGGGGUUCCUGGGAGGUGUGUGUGUCCCAUUGGCCUGGGUUUGGCCGGGAUAGAGUCAAUGUUCUCCUCAGAUGCCGCUGUGGUUCUGUGUUUUGGAUUUGUUGGUAACGCCCCCGUGCUGUAGCUGCUGCUGAUCAGAGGCUGCACAGCAUCAGGCCCUUUUCUGUUUCUCACCCACCGGCGAGGAGGCUGGAGGUGGGCAAGAAGUUGGGAGGGCACCGAAGCGAUAUCCCAGACCAUAUGGCACUCUGCUGAAGCAAUAAAAGCUGGGGAAAGCAGGAGGAAGGGGGGAUGUCUGCCGUGAUGGCGGUUCUCUUCCCAAGUAACCUUUGCGCGGGACGAAGCCCUGCUUUCCUGGAGAUGGCUGAGCACCUGCCUGCGAUGGGAAGUGCUGAAGGAAUUCCUUAGUUUACUUUGCAAAUGCAGCUUUUCUUUUUCUUAUUAAACUGUCUUCAUGUC